GCUCGCAGGGAAGGUGCUGUGCGAGGAGCCAGAGGGAGUUUGGCUGUCGAGAAUGGCAGCAGCCUUCAACUAGGAGGGCACAACGAACUUGGGAGAGGACAGACAGGAGCAGAGGGAACUGCGAGAGACAAGAGCAGCUUCUCACCACCGUUGCCCAUCCUGCAAAGCGACAUGAGUCUCAAGGGAUCCCUCAGCAGCAACCCUGGCUCAUCAAAUGGCAGCAUGGGAAAAGCAGACGGAGCCUCCAAGCUGAGCGCAAAGGACCUGUACGAACAAAGGAAGAAAUACUCCAACUCCAACGUCAUCAUGCAUGAGACUUCACAGUACCACGUACAGCACUUGGCCACCUUCAUCAUGGACAAGAGCGAGUCCAUCGUGACGGUGGAUGACGCCAUCCGCAAACUCAUCUUGCUCAACUCAAAAGAGAAGAUCUGGACACAGGAGAUGCUGCUGCAAGUGAACGACAAGUCCAUCCGCCUGCUGGACUGCGAGUCACAGGAGGAGCUGGAGGACUUCCCUCUGCCAACAGUCCAGCACUGCCAAACGGUGCUGAAUCAGAUGCGCUACUCCUCCAUCCUCCUCCUAGUGUGUCAGGACUCGGAGCAGCACAAACCUGACAUCCACUUCUUCAACUGUGACGAGGUGGAGGCGGAGAUGGUUCACGAGGACAUUGAAAGCGCCUUAGCAGACCACAAGCAUGGGAAGAAGAUACGGCCACAGACACUCAAAGCAAACCAAGAAAAGAUCAAGCAGAGACAAUCCAUCCUCCCACCGCCGCAAGGGCCAGCUCCCAUCCCCAUCCAGCACGACACGCGAGGCUCGGGGGUGAACAGGAACCGAGUUGCACCCCCUUCCCAGCACAAUCCAGACUAUGAACGACGAAGCUCUGGCUCUCAUGACCACGAAGAGUCCCGAGCCAUUUUAGCACAAAAGAUUGAGAAAGAAACGCAAAUUCUGAACUGCACUCUGGAUGACAUCGAAGUGUUUGUCGCCAGGCUUCAGAAGGCUGCAGAGGCAUUCAAACAGCUCAACCAAAGGAAGAAAGGGAAGAAGAACAAGAAAAAAGGGCCAGCAGAGGGCAUGCUGACUCUUCGAGCGAGACCCCCAAGUGAGGCAGAGUUCAUCGACUGCUUUCAGAAGACCAAACUGGCUUUUAACCUCUUGGCUAAACUGCGGAAACACAUCCAGAACCCCAGCGCCUCAGAGUUGGUGCAUUUCCUCUUCGGGCCACUGGAGCUGAUCGUCAGUAGCUGUGGUGGCCCUGAGCUCGCCAGGUCUGUUGUCAGCCCACUUCUUUCUAAAGACGCCACAGAUUUCCUCCGAGGACACCUGACCCCGAAAGAAAUAAACCUCUGGGACUCCCUAGGAGAGACAUGGACCAGAUCCAGAGCCGAAUGGCCCCGAGAAGCAAACAUCCCCACCUACAUCCCCAAAUUCCGCAAUGGCUGGGAACCACCCAUGGAAAUCUUCCGUGGAGCGCCCUGGGAAAUAGACAUCGGACACUUGCAAGAAGAGCUCUCCUCAGCCAAUGGGUAUCCAUACCGUAACUCCUCGCUCAAGCGUGGGCAGACGGCUGACCAGGCACAAGCUGUGGAUGCCUUCAAACAGAACGUAACUCAGCAUGUAAAUAGGAAUUUCGAGGCACAGGGAAUGGCUCUGCCGAAGAGAUAUGCCAAAAUCCGCUAUGAUUUCACUGCACGAAAUGCCAAUGAACUCUCAGUGCUUAAGGAUGAAAUCCUGGAGGUGUUGGAAGAUAAUAAGCAGUGGUGGAAGCUGCUCAACAGGAGCGGGCAGGCUGGUUACGUCCCUUAUAAUAUCCUGGAUGUGGUGAAACUGGAAGAGCUUGAACAGUCCAACCAGAGGUACAAAGGAGACCUGGGCUCCAGGGGAUAUGGACCAUCCAGCCCAACUCACAAGCUCCCUGCCAGCUACGCUGGGGAUAAAUGGGGAAGCGAAAUGUUAUCGCGCAACUCUCCCCAGGAUGCCAAAGAACAACUUAUUCAUCAAAUGGAUGAACUGAACGAUGAGCUGCUCAAGAAGAUCACAAACAACAAAAUCCAGCCUCCCCAGAGGAAUUUCAAAGUGGAAAAGCCUCAGCAAGUUUUCGUGCCCCUCACCUUCGAAUCCAGCACUGACGAAGUCAGAGCUUGGCUGGAGGCAAAGUCAUUCAGCAAAGAGACAGUGGAGCACCUUGGCAUCCUUACCGGAGCUCAGCUCUUCUCCCUCAACAGAGAAGAGCUGAAGAAAGUGUGUGGUGAUGAGGGAAACAGAGUCUACAGUAAAAUCACAGUGGAGAAAAACCAGCUGGAGAAAAGCAGAGGGGAGUCUGAGCUCCAAGAAAUCAUGAAGCGUCGCCAGGAAAGGAUUGAUUCCGCUAAUUAAAAUCUCUCAUCUGCUUUAUUUCAGCUCUUAGUCCUAGUAGUGCAGAAAAAGGGAAUGAAAGCAAUGAUCCCCAGUCCAGAGAAGGGACAGCAGCGCUCUGCACUUGGCGGUGUAAUUGCCAUCAAAGUUACAAUUUCAGGAACGCUGUUGAUAAGGGUAGACAUAAGACCGUGUCCCAUUGGGAAAGGUGUUUUAAUAUUGCAUGAAGUAUUCUUUUUUUUUUAUAUAUAACUAUAUAUUUUAUACUGAAAUUUUAUGUGCAUGCAAUCAGAGCAGAUCAGAAUUCACACGCAUCUGAAAGUACAACAAGGGCUGGAUUCAAACAAAAAGGACCCCAAAAAGCUUUUUCCCAAGGGCUGUGCCUGCUUGCAGCCCCCUCACUGGCACAGUGCAGGAAGAAGGCACGGUACAUAGCACAGAACAAGCCAGCCUGAGUGUUUAUAGAGUCUGGGCCAUGGAAAUGAGCCUUUUCCCCCACUUUUAAUAUCCUUCUUCGUCACAUAUAUCCCUUGCUGCCCACUAGCAGAGGGCCUGUGACAAUUCCUGUCCUCCUUCUGUCCUCCCAUGUCCCAUUGUUGGACAAGGCUGGAAUCAAAACACCCAUUACCCGAGAUCGGCUGCUUCUUUAAAGACAAGUACUGGUUAGAGCUGCUUUGUACAGCAGGGAUGGGCUUUACUUGUGGAAUAAUGACCAGGAUCCAAGUGAGGACUGAAGCAUUUUAGAUCUGCAAAUUGGCACACCAAGCCUGCUUGUCCCUGCGUGUGCAGAGGCUGCAGCCCUUCGCCUUGGCACGGAUCCUGGGUCAGAAAUCGGCAGCACUGCCAAAACCAGCCCUUGGACAAGGAGAGGAUAAACCCUUCCCGGUUGUUCCCAACCCAGAGCCCUUGCCAGGGUGUUCACCACUCAUCCCCACCUUCACUUUUUCAUGGCAAAGAGUAACCUGAGAUGCUUCCUAAACAUCUAAGAAACAAAAGCCCCACAGAAAGGCUGUUUGAAUACAAAAUAAAUAGCCACAAAAGUUCUAAUUUAGUACAGGCUGAUGUUCUUCACUGCCAGUUUCUCUUAAUAAUGUGAUGUCCAUUUGUAUUUAUCUAUCUAGGGAAAUACUUCCUCACUCUUAGGCUCUAUAAAUAGGGGCGAGGAAGAAGUCUCUUUCCCUAGAAAUGUAAUUAAGCUUUAAAAGCUCAAGCAAGCAGGUAACUAUGUCCUGCUCGCAGCCAGUGUGUCCCAAGCUGUGUUUAGAUCCGUAUUUUACCUACAGACCAAUGCAGUAAAGCAAACACAUCCACGGGAACCGCUCACGGACCGGGAAGGCUUUGUCUUUCUCUCCCAUUCACUUCGGUCAGAUGGGAAUUCAGGCCCAGACUCUGCAGAGAGUCACACAUGCACUUUCCUUCACAUGCUGCGAACAAUGCCACCUCCUUGAACAGUUAAGCGUGUGCUAAAGUCUUAGUGUGAUUUGGGUCUGUCCUUUCACAGGGGGAAGGCAGUGACUGGGGAACACAUGUCUAGAUCUGAGACUACUGCUGCACCUCUCCAUUUUGGCUUUGUUCACCCAAAAAUGUAUCUAAUGGACGAUCUAUUCCCUUAAUAUUGAAAUAAGAAAUUCUUAACACCAGCAGAAUGAGGGUGAAGGCGGGGAACUUACAGAGGAGGAUGAUGUGGAGUCACAACCCUGCCAGCUUCCACAGUGGCUGGAAUUGCAAAGGGCACUCACCUUGUCAGGGAGGGAUGAAGAGGACAAUCCUCCUGAGAAGCCCUGGCUCGGGAUAAGGGUGGAGACAGGAAGCAGGCGUCAACACUGGCAAAUCGCUCGUGUUGGAAACGCAGGAAGCUGAAUAACCUCUAAAAUGAAAAAAAAAAACAAAUGGUGAGCUAGGAAACGGGACACCAGUCCUGUCUUUGGGUACAAAGGAGAACAAAUCAGAAGGAAUUAGGGUUAUUUGGGAUUCUAAGAGAAGCGUACACAGCAGCUCCAUAAAGCCAAGAGCCACAGGAGCAUUGCGUAAAAGAAAUAUCUCAUUAGAGCUGAUUGCUGAAGUCACUUUUAAACCUUUCCAUACGACUGAGCUGUGCAUCUGUUCUAUUUGUACUGCCUGCAGGCAAUGCUACAACGUACUGUACAUUAAUGUAAUGGAACGAAGGAUAAAAUGAUAUAACCAUGCACUGUACAAGAUUUAUUAAAAUAGUUAAGUU